GAAGCUUUGAUGUCUAGGAACACUACAAUAGGUUUUUUGUUGUUAGUAUGAAGACUCUAGCCUUCAUAGUUGUUAGAGAAGUCACAGGAGAUUUUCAAAGUACACAAAAAUUUCAGGCCAUUUCGGGAACAGACACUGAUUGACAUUCUACUAAAAUUAGAAGAAGAACUGUCAUUUUUUCUUUUUUAUUUUUCCAAACGUCAAAGAUUGUUCUUGGUUUCGUUGACAUAUUUUUAUCACAUCCCCAAAAAAAAAUCUAUUUUUGUUCUAAAUGUAGUAAAUUAUAAAGUAACCAAAAUGUCGAAACUUUAUCAUGCAAAUCAAUUUGAAACUGCUUUUAUUCCUAGUAUGAUAGGAAACUAUGAAGUUCCUAGAUAUUUUUGCGAUAUGCCCAAGACGCGAAUUAAUGGAACAGAAAUCAUUUCAAAUAACAGAGGAUAUAUUCUUCCUGGAGGUCCUAGACCGAAAGAUCAUACCAUAGGUGGACAUUUUAUUGGUACAUGGCACAUGCCGAAACAUCUUAACAGAAAAACUUGCAACAUGUUGAACGGCAGUGACGUCGCGCGGCAGAAACUUAUAGAGUGUAGGGAAAAAGCGAAGCUAACGGCACAACAAAUAAAAGCUAUAGCAGAGAGAAAAGCGAGAAAAGAAGAACGAGAGCUUAUCAAAUUACUGAAAAUGAAACAAAAACGCAUUGAAAAAAUAUUAAAGGAAGGUGGCCAACUUUGUCCUAUUCAUGACAUACAUGUAACUUACAUCUAAAAUAUUAUACUAUAAAUACCUGGCA